GUCAUAUAGGAACAGUGAACGUAUGGUCUCAAAUAUUUCUUUUUUUUUUUGCAAGUAUGCAAUUUUGAAGUUUGUGUGGGCUGGCGCAAGCUCUAUUUGUGACUAAAUAACAGUUUUCGAGCACCUUUAACCUGCUCUCAAAUCCGCCCAAUUUGAAUUCGACAUCAUGGAAUAUAGCGCUUCAUCCCCUUCAUAGUCUCAAACUUGUCUACAUGUUCUCGCAGGGACGUGUUCGUCCCCACGCUGUUCAUCUCCCAAGGUCACUACGCCUUCGGGGACUCCGAGAUGCCCGACUGCAAAGUCGUACCACCCACGGUUUUGCAGAAGACCACCCUGACACCCGGGUACACGUAUGACCUGAGCGGGAUGACGACUGCCCUGCGGAAGGUUCAGAUCGCCGGCGGCUCUGCCCGCUGGCUUGUCUCGGUCGGCAUGAAGGGGCGCUGGUCCACUGCCUAUGACGUCACAACUCCGCUGAACAUCGGGUCCCGCUGCAAGCACGACGUCAGUGCCGUACCCUUCGGAAACUACGCUCAGGUCUGCCGGGACCCCUCUCUCCGACCACGCCUGCGGUACGACGACCACUACCACGCCAUGGAGACGAGCGACGCAAGCAAGCAGCGCAUGUUCGUGUACGACAACGAAAGGGGCCUCUGCGAGAAGCUCUGCAGGGUGAAGUCCCAGAACCCCCAGCUCCGGUUCGGCGUCGCCGUCUACGACCUCGAGUACGAGGACUACGCCGACGGCUGCUCCGACCUGAACGCGUUCGGUGCCUUCAGCCGGAUCAAGAUGCUCCGCCGGGUGGUCGACUACUACGGGUCCCUCCCCGCCGAUGCAUCCGACUGCGAAGACGUCGUGCCGUGCGUCGCGUGAAUGGAGUUUAACAACGGAGCGUCGAUAGUCACGUGACCGUCUCAGGACACAUCGCGAAUAGAGUUCAAUAUCUCCUGUUUUUUCUCGGUGUUGUUCCGUUAAUGUGGAAAGUUGGGCUAGUUGGUGAUCAAUCAGCGUACCUAACUGGUGAAGCAACGCACUGACACGGACAUGGCGAAGACACACAAGAAUGCAGCGAGUGCCCUGUAUUCUAGUGUGUCUUCGCCGUGUGUCUUCGCCGUGUGUCUUCGCCGUGUGUCUUCGCCGUGUGUCUUCGCCUUGUGUCCGUGUCAGUGCGCUGCUUCGCCAGCAAGGUAUGUCGUUCCAUUCUCGCAACAGCGCCAACCUGUCUUGUAUUUUGCCUUCUUGACGUCCUCCGUCUCUUCUCGCCGUUUACGAUAAUUUGUGAAAGCCAACUGGAGUGGUAAAUGUACUGCUGUUGAUUCGUG